UCCAUCACUGCUCUCCUUUUUAGUUAUAGAUUUAAAAAAAUGACAAGUAAUGAAAAGUCAAGCUCUGUGGAUUCUUCAGUCAAACAAAGUUAUGUAAAUGAUGACACCACAAAAAGUGGUAGUCAGUUUUCACUUGCUACCAACAACACUACGAAUGGUAGUACAUUGUCCACCAAUACAGAAUUGGAGACCACAAAUUUUUCAAAUGCAUCUUUGACAGAUGUCACAUCGACAUUAUUAUCAUCUUCAUCUAAUCUAACAGAAACAGAUGUGGAAAAAUCACGAAACAUAACAAGAGACUUGUUGUUGAAAAAACAGUUGCUUCAUGACGUGCAAAAGCUAAAGAUUGAAAUAAGCCAAAAGGAUUUGUUAAUAGAUACAUUAAAAGCUGAUAAUAUGAAUCGCAUCGAUGAUUUAGAGGACAAAUUGACAGAUGUCAACCAUGAAAAGCAGAUGAUGUCAGCAAAGUAUGAAGCAAAGUUGCGUAUGAUUCAAGAAGAAGGAACUAAAAAAAUCAAUAAAUUAAGAUCUGAUCUACAGGAAAGUUUAAAAUCACAAGCAUUGUAUAAAGAGAAAUAUGAAGCAUUGUCUUCCUCAACAUUAAGUUCAAAAAAAUUGCUUGUUGAUGUUGAAUUAAGUGAAGAAGAAUAUCUUGACAUGAAAGGGAAAUCUGAUGAGGAUUUAUCAAUGCAAGAGAUGUUCAAGCUCAAGGUAUAUGAACGUGUGCGUCCAUUAAAAGUUCAAAACGAAACCUUGCAGCAAAGGUUGGAUUUAAUUACAAGUGAUUUGCAUGAUCGAGAAAGUGAGAUAGAGCAAUUACGAAUGGAAAACGAAGAAGAGCGAAAAGUUCGAGCAGAACUUGACAUACGCUGUCAACGCUUUCAGGUCCAAAUAGAAGAUUUACGUUCACAGCUCUCCCACAAAACAUACAGAAAUAAAAAUUAUGAUAAUGUUUCAAGUGAGCGUGACGCUUUAGAAAGACAAAUUGUUGAUUUUGAAAAAACAUGCACUGUUUAUAAAGUUGAAUUAGAAAACAAAGCAAAUCAAAUGGAAGCACUGAGAUCCCAGAUGGUUGAACAAAACCAAACGCUUGCACUUCUGCGCCAAGACAAGGACUAUUUAAGCAAACAAGUGAAUGAAUUACAUCCAAGAUAUAAAGUAUUGGAGGAGAGAUAUGAACAUACAACAAAACAGUUGGAUGAAGUAAAACAUUCCAGAGAAGAACUGUAUGAAAAGUAUCUAAAUUCAAGGGAAACCUACAAAAGAGAGUAUGAAGAACGCAUGAAAAAGGAGUUGGAAGAAUUGUCUGCAAGAACUAACAAUGAAUUAAAUAAAAUAAAGGAAAGCACCACAGAAAUGUAUGAAAGAGAAAAUAGAACUUUACGCGACACAAAGAAUUCAGCGCUGCAGGAACAAAACAGAUUAAUGAAGUCAGAAAAACAUCUCCAACAAAAGUUUAACGAGUUAAUUGGAGAGUUUCGACAGUUGCAAUUGAGUUCAGAUAGUAAAAUUGCAGAGUCUCAAAAUGAAGUGAAAUUAAAAUCUUUUGAACUUGAUCGUGUCCAACUACUUCAUGAAGAAGCGCUUAAUAAUGUGAAACAAAUGGUUCUGCAAAAUGACACGCUUUCAAAGAAAAUGGAGACAAUAAGCAAAGAAUACUACGCAUUGAAAGGUUCAUCAGAAAGACGAUUGACUGAAGUAGAAGGAAGAAAUCAAGAACUUGAAUCUAAACUAAAAAUUUACGAGAAACUUGAACAAGAAUUAGAUGAUGUUGUUAUGCAAGCAGCUGAAAUGACCAGUGAGGAUGAUGCAGAACGUGUUUUGUUUGCAUAUGGUUAUGGUGCAAAUGUACCCAGUACAGCUAAAAGGCGGAUGCAACAAAGUGUUCAUCUUGCAAGAAGAGUUUUGCAACUUGAAAGAGCGAAUACAUCAUUACGUCACGAUAUUGAGCGUGAAACCAAAAAAAGACAAGAAAUAGCAGAGGAGCUUCGGAACACGACUGGUUUACUCAAUGAGGCGCAACAACCCUACAAUUAUUUGAUUGACAGUAUUCGAACACGUGAUGAACAGAACAAUAUACAAAAGAAGACGUUGUCUGCCCUAGAAAAUGAUAUCAGAACGUUAAAAAAAGAGAACAAUGAUUUGAAAUCAUCGAAUAACCAAAUGUCGUGUGAUUUGGAGAGAUUAUUAAACCAAAGAGAGGAAAUAAGUGUGAUAAAACAGGUUUUGGUUGAUUUGAAAUCAUCGCAAGUGGAAGGCUCGUUUAGCAAGACAGGAAAAACCUCUUCAACGAUAUAUGGAGCACAUCAUCGAACUUCAUCAAAAAAAGAUGAUCUUCAGACAACUACUGCUAAUCCAAUCGUUUUUACGAAAUCCGAGCCACCCUCAUGGUACACGAAGUUAAAACGUCAAAACGAUUCAAAAAGCAGAAUCAAGAAGAAAUAGAUCCAGUGGAAACCUCGUCCCUUGGACUUUUUUACACCUAUGUUAUUGUGCCGACUUCUCAGAAUAUCAUUGGCAUAAAAGAACCCUGGAGAUGAGGUUGAUCAAGUGGUAUAUAGCUGGCUACUUGAAACUUCUAAUUUAUUUUUUGCUGUGUCGAUUGAUCAAAGAGGAAAAAAUAUCUUUUUUUAGAUUGUAUAUAUUUGUAUAAUAAAGUAAUUUGUAACUAAGCAAUUACACAA